CAUGGCCACAUUUUUAUUUAUAUAUUUUGUUAUUUUGUUUUGGUACCUUCUUUAAUAAGACUUGAGAAAACAAUUAAAAAUGAGUUUCCUUAUACCCAAGGAUGUUAUAGAUGAGGGCGAUACAGUUAUCUUAUAUAUAAGUGUUAAUUCAAUGCAUGUUAUAGAGGCCACUCCCACCAUAGUUAAUAAAAAAGGGGAAACGAUAGAACACAUAUUCCAAACCUCAUUCGGCGCUUUAAAGGUUCGCAAUAUUAUCGGUGUUAAGUAUGGAAGCCGCGUGGAAUUAUCUAAGGGCUAUGCAUUUGUUCUCCUUCCCAAUCCUGAGCUAUGGACACAAACCCUACCUCACCGAACGCAAAUUAUAUAUACCCCUGACAUAAGUAUGAUUCUACAUCAACUCGAGGUUAGGCCAGGCUCGAUUGUGGUGGAGUCGGGAACAGGAUCGGGUUCAUUAUCACAUUACUUACUUAGAGCCGUCAAACCACAUGGUCAUUUGCAUACAUUUGAUUUUCAUGAAGCCCGAGCGAAUCAGGCUCGUGAUGAGUUCCAACAUCAUGGUUUGGGAGACUUUGUGACUGUCUAUCAUAGAGAUGUUUGCGAAAACGGAUUUGGCGAGGAACUCGAUGGUAAAGCUGAUGCUGUGUUUUUAGAUUUGCCAGCUCCCCAAUUGGCGGUACCACAUGCCUUCAAGGCAUUAAAAGCUAGUGGUGGACGUUUCUGUUCUUUCUCCCCUUGCAUUGAACAAUCGCAACGCGUCUGCGUUGCUCUACAAGAACUUGGUUUCACGGAAAUACAAUCUUAUGAAAUUCUGCAACAGGAAGAUAUAGUUAAAACAAAAACAUUUCCCAUUAUGGAUUUAGAGUUUCUUAAAACAAAGAAAACUGCAUCUUCCGAGGAAGAAAACAGUGAAAAGGACCUCACAAAAAUUUUGAAACAACCAAGAGAUACAAUAAAGGUAUUAACAUCAUCAGCACCACCUACCCAACCGGGACAUACAGGAUUUUUAACAUUUGCCACUCUACAACCAGCGUUUGCAAGAUAAUUUUUUACGAUCUGCAUUUUCCCACAAAUAAUAAUUGCAUUGCAUAGAUGGUAGUUACGUAUACUUUUUUUUUAGAAACUUCGAGAAUAAGUAUGUAACAUUGGUUACUGUACAAAUCUAA